AUGGACCAGUAUGGACCACUAUGGGCCAGUAUAGAGCAGUAUGGAUCCAUACAGACCCCUAUGGACCAGUAUGGACCGUAUGGACCAGUAUGGGCCAGUAUAGAGCAGUAUGGAUCCAUACAGACCCGUAUGGACCAGUACGGUCUGUAUGGACCAACGGUACAGACCAGUAUGGACCAGUAUAGAACAGUAUGGAUCCAUAUGUACCUGUAUGGACCGUACCGACCAGUAUGGACCCAUAUAGACCGCCCCCGGGCGGUACCGUGGGGCGACACCCGGCGCCCGGUGCCACCUCGGCCUCGCCGGGCCCAGGCCCCGGACCGGGACCGGGACCAGGACCGGGACCGGGACCGGGAGCGGGCCCGGAAGCGGGAGCGGCUCUGGGGAUGUCCCCAAGAGCUCCAGGGACGUCCCCCGGCUCCGAGAACGUCCCCUUCAUUAAGAACGUCCCUAACGGCCCCGGGGAUGUCCCCAGAUCUGGAAAUGUCCCCAAAAGCUCUGGGGACACCCCCUAACUCCAAAACUGUCCCCAAGAACUCAAGAAAGGUCCCUGUGUCUGGAAAUGUUCCUAAGGGCUCCAAGAAUGUCCCCAAGGGCUCCGGGAACGUCCCCAUCUCUGGAAAUGUCCCCAAGGGCUCUGGGGACACCCCUGGGUCUGGAAAUGUCCCCAAGAACUCUGGAGAUGUCCCCAGGUCUAGAAAUAUCCCUGAUGGCUCCGGGGACACCCCUGGGUCUGGAAACGUCCCCAAGGGCUCCAGGGAUGUCCCCAAGGGCUCUGGAGAUAUCCCCGGGUCUGGAAAUAUCCCUAUGGGCUCCAAGGACAUCUCCAACUCUGGAAGUGUCCCCAAGGGCUCUGGGGACACCCCUGGGUCUGGAAACGUCCCCAAGGGCUCCAGGGAUGUCCCCAAGGGCUCUGGAGAUAUCCCCGGGUCUGGAAAUAUCCCUAUGGGCUCCAAGGACAUCUCCAACUCUGGAAACAUCCCCGAGGGCUCCGGGGACACCCCUGGGUCUAGAAAUAUCUCUGAUGGCUCCGGGGACACCCCUGGGCCUGGAAACGUCCCCAAGGGCUCCAGGGAUGUCCCCAAGAGCUCUGGAGAUAUCCCUGGGUCUGGAAGUGUCCCCAAGGGUUCUGGGGACACCCCUGGGUCUGGAAAUGUCCCCAAGAACUCUGGAGAUGUCCCCAGGUCUAGAAAUAUCCGGGCACGUCCCCAGCUCUGGAAAUGUCCCUAA